AUGUCGCGAUUAAACGAAGACCAGAAAAGAGUCUUCGACAGGGUAUGCCAAGUUUUACAAAAUAAAAAUCAGAUUCUGCGAUUGUACGUAAGUGGCGAGGGUGGUACAGGGAAAAGUUUUCUUAUUGAAACGAUCAAACAUUGGAUCACAAUAAAUUUGGAAAAAACGACUGCGAUAUCUGCUUCCACGGUUAUCGCAGCAUUCAAUAUCGAUGGCUUGACAAUCCAUAGAAUGUUGCAGCUACUUGUCACUCAUGAAUCUACGUCAAAAUACGUGCACUUGUCAGACAUGGUUUUGAAAACUUUGAGAGACAAAUUGAAGAAUGUCGAACUAUUUAUAAUCGAUGAAGUAUCCAUGAUUUCGAACGUGACACUUAUGUUUAUCAAUCUACGAUUAUGUGAAAUCUUUGAUUCGACAGAUACGGAUGAUGGUUUCUUUGGCAGAAAACACAUUCUCUUGUUUGGAGACUUGUUGCAGCUUCCUCCUGUAAAAGGACAACCUCCGUUCGUUAAAAUGUCUCGAUCAGAGAUUCAGAAAAUACGAAUAGGUCUGCUAACGGAUUCUGACAUCAAUGUUCUUGAAUCGAGAAACAUAAAUUUCAAAGAAGGUAGUUGCAACGAAAGAUUGAAUGAACUUUGCACCUAUAUGAAUCAAUUACCGAUUGAUACGAUAUGUUUAUUACCCAUGUGUUAUUUGUGCAAGGUUUUGAACACGGCAAUGCUCAAUAGAGUCGACGGCGAUGAAAUUCUACUAAUAGCGGAAGAUGAUGUUGACUGUGCUCCAACAAUGAAAAAAAAAGUACAAAAAACCUUCAAAAAGAAAGAUGAUAAAGUUUCAGAAACAGCUGGCAUUGAAAGAGUAAUAGCGAUUAAAAUUGGCGUUAAAGUGAUGAUUCGACGAAACAUUGACGUAACUCUGGGACUUGUCAAUGGAACGAUAGGCAAUGUAGUUGCGGUUAAUCGUGCUGCUGACGGAAAUCGUAUUUAUUCCAUCAAAUUGGCUACUUCGGAUAACAAAGAAUUUAUAAUAACGAAAGUAGAUAUUAAAUUCGAGGUACUCCACAAAAUAGUUGUACAUCGGAAACAAUUUCCAUUGUCCCUCAGUUAUGGAAUAACUAUACACAAGAAUCAAGGAAUUACAUGUAAGAAUGCAAUUCUGGGAACGACUGCAUUCAGUGAUGGGCAAGCCUACGUAGGUUUGUCAAGAGUGAGUACAUUGAAGGGCCUACAUUUGAUAAACUUCAAUCCGGCAUCGGUUAAAGCACACUCGGGAGCCAUUGCAGAAUAUAAUCGACUGAGAUCUUUGUUCAAAUCUCAGCUACCACAAAUCGAUUCGUCUGAGAAAAAGGCUGUAAAAGUUCACGAACUUCGAUGGGCCAUACCUAAUUAUAUUGAUGAUGUACAGAAUUAUGGUUGCGAGGAACCAGAAAGUGUAGUUACGUGGAAAAUAUACGGCCUUCGCAAUGACGAUAAUGUUUCGUGUUACGCAAAUCACGUAACAUGUUGCUCGAAUGCCAAAUGUAAUUACACGGUAGCUACGCUGGAAAAGAGUUGUUUGCUAAUAUUACCUAUACAGUCGACAUUAAAAAGGAAAAAAGGUGUCACGCUACAAACUUUGAUUGAUUCGGAAUUUUCGAAAUGGGAAAUGAUAAACGGCAAUUGUAACGAAUGUAAGGGUACUGUUCUGAAAAAGAAAACC